CAUCAAACCAGGAAGCUCGAACCUCUUUGAGCUUGAUUCUACGGUGUCGGACUCCUUCGACAUUGAUCCAGUUUAGUAAGGUUCUGGAGGCUCAUAAUAGGAGUGAAUUGAUCUCUAGAACAGAAAUUGAGAAUGGGAAAGCUGAGGGACAACACUAUCUCAGGACUUUUACCUACUAAUCACGCUUUUGCAGUUCACUAUCCCGGUUAUCCUUUGUCCAAGCGUCGGGCAAUUGAAACUCUAGGAGGAACACAAUCAAUUCUUAAGGUUCAUGGUCUCCAGUCAAAUAAGUUAGAGCUUCGCUUUAGACCUGAAGACCCAUAUUCACAUCCAACAUAUGGGGAGCUUCGUCCAUGCUGUUGUUUUUUGUUGAAAAUAUGUCAUUCAAAAGGUGAUGCUAUCGAAGGAAUCAUGAAAGAUGAAAGAGAAGUACCUAUAGAAGAUGAAGUAAACCUCAAGUUUGAGAUGGUUGCUCACGUGCCUGAAGCAUAUCACUUCGAGGGCAUGGCUGACUACCAACAUGUUGUUGCUACUCAUGCGGAUGCUACAAAGAGGAAGAAGGGGAGUUGGACAGAAAUGCGUGAGCCAUGUUUAGUGAUUUAUACAGGGAAGGUUAAUGUCAUCGAUGUAGACAAGGAGGAUAUUAUGAUUUUAGUUCCUCCAUUAUUUGCGGUCAAGGAUGUGCCUGAAAGUUUAGUGUUAAAACCACCUGCCACAAUUAUUCCAAGAAAGAAAGCAGAAACUCUACAUAUUCCUUACGAGGUGGAUAUAGAACCUGUUCUUGCAAUUGAUUUUAACAUUAAAGAUAUUCCAAAGACUGUAAACUGGGAGAAAUACAUUCCCCAAGGCUCAGAACAAUGGGACGUUCAGGUUGCUGUGUCUAAGUUGUUUGAGGAACGACCUAUAUGGCCAAAGGAGUCUCUAAUUGAACGAUUGCCUAAUAUGGGCUUAGAUUUUAGACCUGGAACGUUUAGAAGACUUCUUUCUAGAAUUGCAUAUUACUUUUCUAGUGGACCUUUCCAACGAUUUUGGAUAAAAAAAGGCUAUGAUCCUCGAAAAGACCGUGAUUCUCGCAUAUAUCAACGAAUUGUUUUUCGAGUACCCCUAUCACUACGAAGUUAUUGCGAUCCCAAUGCUUCCAACACGUUGAGUUACAGACGUGCAGAGAUUAGUGCAUUUCAAGUUUUUCCUUCCAAGUUUCUAACUUCAUUGCAACUUUUUGAACUUGAAGAUGACUAUAUUCAAGAAGAGAUAAGAAAGCCGUCCGAGGAAACAUCUUGUUCUUACGAAACAGGAUGGUUUUCCCAGCGUAUACUUAAUUGUUUACGACAACGAGUCAUGAUGAGGUUUCUAUCAGUGUUCCCAACUUCAGGUGCUGAAGCUUUACUUAGAGCAGCCUCUGAAAGUUUUGAAAGACUUAAGAGGGAGUAUAGAAAAGAUUGCUCAAAGAUUGACCAGGGAAAUGACCACCAAGCCAAUGCAGCCUUGAUUAAUGAAGAUAAACUGGAAGCUAAUUACGCUGAAGAUGAUGAAGAAGAUGACAUAGCAAUUGAGAGUGGUGAUGAGGGAUUAGAUGCAUAUGAAGAAUUCGAUAUGGUUGGUGACAAUGACGAGAUUUCUCUGCAGUCACAUUCAUAUGUAAACAUGGAUGAUGUUUCAAGAACGCAUCUGCAAGAGCUCUUCGGUACCUUUCCAUCCUUCGAAGAAGAUGCAGAUGGUAGCGAGGAAGAAUAUCAAAUAUAUGAGCAAGACAGUGAUGAUACCAAUGACUCUGACCAUGAUGAUUGCUAGCCUUUUUUGGGGGGAUAUAUGAUGUUAAUUAGUGCCCUAUAUUUUUGUUUUGUUAAAUGGUUGAUUAUGAUAAUCAUUUUUAUUAAUUUAUCAAUUAGUGACAUAGUAUUUAUUUAAAAACUAAGAUGGCUCGAUUGCUCGGUUUAAGGCUAGACUUCUGGCCCAAGGAUUUCAUCAAACUGUCGAUAUUAAUUUCACUGAGACAUUCAGCCUGUAGAGACUAAUGUUGGAGAGAAUCCAAUGUAAUGUAUUCUCAUUAUUAAAGUU